CUCUUAUUCGCUUCACACGACAAACGCUUGGUCACUCACAGGCAGCGCUAAGUUGUGGAAGUAGCACGGCCGUGGAGAAAUAACGCUUAUAUUGAAAAUAUUUGUAUACAGUGAACGUAUAAAUUCACACGAAAUGGCCACACGCAUUAUGCAUUUGCCAAAACACGGCCUCCGCAGUCUUGUGAAAACAAGCGCUCUCGCUCGCAACUACGCCAGCAGCACCGGCACCGCGUCCUCACCACAAUUCACCACACUGAGCGUGGACGAUAAGACCGGCAUCGCCACACUCACACUCAAUCGACCGCCAGCGAAUGCGCUCAACGCCGCUUUCAUGGGCGAAAUAGCGCGCUCCAUUAAAGAGUUAGAGCAAUCGAAAUGUCGGGGCCUCAUACUCACUUCGUCGUUGGAGCGCAUUUUCUGCGCUGGUCUCGAUCUGAAAGAAUGCUACAAAACAGAGACGUUGCAUUUGCAGGGCAUUUGGGUUGCUUUGCAAAAUCUCUGGCACACGCUCUACUCUUCGCCGCUCAUCACUGUAGCGCUAAUUAACGGUCACACGAUAGCGGGCGGUUGCAUGCUAGCGCUGAGUAGCGAAUAUCGUAUUAUGCUGCCAAAUUUUAAGAUCGGCAUCAACGAAACUAUGGUGGGACUAGCGGUGCCGAUGUGGUUGAUAGACACCUACCUCAAUGUUAUAUCCAACAGGCGCGUUGGUGAAUGGGAUCUAACAGCUAGUCGUAUCUAUAGUAGUGACGGCGCACUGAAGGCCGGUCUAGUUGAUGAGUUGGCAGCUAGCAAAGAGCAAGGGCUGCAAAGAGCUAUAGCUUUCAUCAGCAGCUAUCCCAAGCAUUCGCUGACGGCGCGUGCGAUCACCAAACAACAGUUUCGGACGCACGAUUUAAAGAACUUCGAAGAUAAUCGUCAACAUGAUUUGGAAAUAUUUCUGAGCACCAUACAGAAGCCUCAUGUGCAGUCAUAUCUGGGAGAAUAUUUGGAGAGUUUGAAGAAAAAGGCGUAGGUAAUCAUAAUACCCAAAAGAGAAACAAAAUUUGUGUUCAGCGUAAAAGUUUGCUUGCAAGUAAAAAAAUAUGUAUCGAAAAAGGUGGAGACAUACAUAUGCUUUUGAAAGACUAUACUGUUAUAUUAUAUACUAUUUGAGAUAUGUAUAUUAUAUAUUAAAAUUUUACAUUACAUAG